AUGGAUACGGUUUCCGAAAGCCAAGACUUCCACCAUGUCUGGUUCCAGAACGACCAAUCAAUACCAUUCGCCACCUACAACAUCAACCUACCUUCACAGCCCAAGCAGGUUGUGGGGAUUCCGACACUAACAUCGCUCAUUAUCCCAUCCACUAUUACCCAUACACUUCAACAUCGUAGCACAGCUAUGGCCGGCUGGAAAAUUGAACAAUGUACCGUGGCCGACGCUGCCGCCCUGGCGCGCAAUAACAUGGCCGCCUUUUGGGAGGACCCGACGUGGAUCGCCCUGUGGCCUAAAGACAUCACACUAGAUUUCCUUAUCGAACAGUCCACAAAGCGGCAGGCGCGCAACCUCCUUCGCUCGCGAGAGGUGACUCGACAUGAGAAGGCCGUCGACCCUACCACUGGUGCGGUAGUCGGGUAUGCGCGCUGGAUUCUGCCACGGGGCCAUGCGAUUGCCGCAGAUGGAAAGCCAGUGUGGACCGAGGCGCAGGUUCCUGAAGUCAGCGAGGAGGAGCGAAAACACUAUGAGGACCUGGCGGCUUCUGCGUGGUGGAAUCCGCAAGAGGGCAUGGACGAGAUUGAUGCCAAGAAUGAAGUGGUCAUGGAACGCAUUUUGUCAGAGAGGCCGUAUAUCACGGUCCACCCCGAAAACCAAGGCAAAGGGAUUGGCACGGCACUCGUGCAGAGUGGAAUCCGGCAUGCUGAGCAACUCAGACUUCCUAUCUUUAUUCUGGCGUUCAAGGCAGGCCGGAGCAUCUAUGAGCGGUUGGGGUUCAGGGAGGUGGAUCGUGUUAUACAGGAUGAUACCAAAUAUGGCGGAGAGGGCGAAUACAGUGCCUACUUUAUGGUGUAUGGCGUUCCCACAAAGCCGAGGUCGAGACAGGAAUAG